AUGGAGAAGGAAUUUUCACCAAUUACAAUAAGCGGGAUUGAGUAUGAGUCGACACCAAUAAAGAGACAUGAAGAUGAUGACAUAGUCGGUGAUGAAUUCUUAACUGCUAAGGAUGAAAACACCACCAUCUCGAUUGAUGAUGAUGAUGAUGAUGAUGGCGAUGGUGCUGAAAAAUUGGGCAAUGACAAUCAGCCACAAGUUGAACUGAUAACUGUACUAAAGUCAACAGAGCUUUUAAAUCCUGUGGAUACGCGACAUAUUGAGAAUAUUUCAGUUCGGAGUCGAAAGUCUCAAACCGAUGUACAUCUGAGUAACAAUACGCCAGACUUGAACGAAAUGGAUAAUACUAAUAGAAUUUCAAAUACAGCACUCAACCCCCAAAUACCCCUAGCUUUGAGUUUGUACUUUCAACUAUUGGUCAACAUAAUCUUGUGGUUAUUUAUGAUCUACCUCAUCUACAUGUCCAUUACAACCAUACAAUCUGAUAUCAACCUCAAGGUAGAUGAGUUUACAAUGAAAGUUCUUGAGGAGAUUGCUCGAUGCUCCAAAGAGUUUUCUCGAAACAAAUGCCAUCUACCUGAUCGACCUUCAAUUAUGGAUGAAGACUGUGAUCAAUUGGAGAGGUGUCAGAAUCAAGAUCCAACAAAGAUUGCUAAACUGAAGGUGACGAUUGAGUUAAUUGCGGAAAUCAUCAACGCAUUUGUGAAUCGAUUGAGCUAUAAAAGCUUGCUCAUUAUGUUGUCUGUGUUGGUUGUAUUCAUUAUUCAUACCUCGUUGACGUUGGAUAGACUUUCCAAGUCGUAG